ACACAACAUUUUGCUCAAGAAUUUCUUGAUAUUUUUGGUCAAAGAAACAGAAGAAAACGACGGUCCCUUAUGGCAACCAAAGUCUGGUGGAGGCGCUCUUAUGAAGAAUUUGAGCCUCUCUGCGAAUGGGGAAAAGAUGAAUGUUCUAAAACUGUUGACCUCCAUUUGCAAGGUUUCCAAAAGGAACAAAUGAAGGUUAUGAUUAAUAAUGCGGGCAUCCUAUCCAUCACCGGCGAACGUCCGUUGGAAGGAAACAAAUGGAGGCGUUUCCGCAAAGAAAUCAAAGUCCCCGAUGACAUCAAAACCAGUGAAAUAAGGGCCAAGCUUACUUCCGGCGUCCUUCGCAUAACAAUGCCCAUAAAACCUCCUCAGGCUCCCCCUCAUGAUUCUUCUGCAGGUAUUAAUGAAAACAGUGGGAAGAAAUGUAUUGCUUGUUUACGGAGGCUUAGCACGAGUAGAAGACUGGCGGUGGUGACGUUGCUGGUACUUGCUGGUGCCUAUUGCUUUAGCAAAUAUUAUCAGCGGCGUUAUUACAUAGAAAAUUGAUUGCAGUAUUUGCUGUGAUGUGAAGAUGUAAGGAAAAGAUGAUGAUAAGAACAAAUCAUUUUUUUCAUCAGAGAAUAAAUAAUUAUUUGAGUUUUAUUGGAGAAUAAAUGAGUAUUUAAGAU